UUCCUCCUCUUCUUAAUAGUCCCCACCUUCUCUCUCUCUCUCCAUCCCUUCCACCCCCAACCACCUCCGUUCCGUUCCGUUCCGUUCUCUCUCUCCUUCUCAUUCCUCUGUUGGAACAGAAAACCGAAAUCCCCUUUCAAAUACCAUUCCAAUUCCUCCGUUUGAUUCCGAAUCCUCACACUCUCAAUUUAAGGGGAGAAUCAAAAUCCAUGGCGUCGACUCUGAUUUCGAAUGCCGUAGCCACCCCCGAACGAGCCCGGGAUCCUUCUAGAAGGAAAAAGAAGAAGAAAAUCCAAUCCAAACAAGACCACCUCCACCACCAAGAACCCGCCAACAGCCACACCAAGUGGAAGUCCGAGGCACAGCAGCACCUCUACUCCUCCAAGCUCCUCCACGCCCUCAACCAAGUCUCCAUUAACCCCGCACCCGACUCCUCCGCCCCUGCCGCCAACUCCUCCGCUUCCACUUCUACUCCACCACGCGGCCGAGCCGUUCGCGAGACUGCCGACAGAGUACUCGCCGUCGCAGCUAAGGGUAAGACCCGCUGGAGCCGCGCCAUUCUCACCAGCCGCCUUAAAAUCAAGUUCCGCCAGCAUAAACGGCAGAGAUCCGCCGCUGCGUCGGGGACCGGGUCGACCCGUCCCAGGAAGACCAAGUUCAGUGUUCAGCGGCUGAAAGGGAGGGGCUUGCCGGCCGUGCAGAAGAAAGUACGGGUUCUCGGCCGUUUGGUUCCCGGUUGCCGGAAACAGCCGUUGCCGGUGAUUCUAGAAGAAGCGACUGAUUACAUCGCGGCUCUGGAGAUGCAGGUCCGAGCCAUGAGCCGGCUCACUCAGCUGCUCUCCGGUUCAACUUCCGGCUCCACUUGAUUGAACGGGGCUGGCAUGUUGCCAUGGGUUCCUAUGUCGAUCAAUCUUCUUUUUUUUUUCUUUUUUUUUUUCCCCUCUUUUUUUUUUUUUUCUUUUUUGGCUCUCAGUGCAAGUAAUUGUCAUUUACCCUGUUAAAAACAUAAUGUCUAGCUCUUCUCUUUUUCA